AACUCGCCGCGCCGGCACCGGCAAAAUUACAGUGUUCAGUCGCGAGCGAGAACACGGGCCACCACUUGCCGCUUCUGUACGCUAUAAAUCGUUAUCCGUUGUGUUAAUUUUUUUCAAAUUCUCGUCGCCUUGCUCGUUCUAGUUAUUUUUUUUUCCAAUUCGUACACAUUCUUUUUUUUUUUUUUUUUUUUUUUUUUUUUUUUUUUUUGUUUUAAUACCGAUACAUGUCAUAGUGCUUUCCGUCGUGACGUGAUCUAACUGUGCAAAUAUUAUCAAUACUAUUGUAUUAUUAUUGCCAUUAUUAGACUGAGCUGUUCAGCUGCCGAUAUCGACGCCACUGUCGAUAAGGAAUCUCGCAAGUUCGGACGUGCUUUUGACAACGCAUCGACCAUGGACGUGCUACCGAGCGGUAACAUAUUCCGGGAACUUCAGGACAUACACGAUACCGGUUAUUUCUCUGCACACGUAUCGCUCGAGGAUCACUGGCAACAGACUUGUUACGAGAUGGAACGGUACCUAAAGGAGGAACCGAUGGUCUCGUCGUCACCCGCGCGGUCCGAGUCACCGUGGCUGACGACGUGGUCGACGCGCGUGGAGGUGGAAGUGGGCCUGGACUGUGCGAGCAGCGUGACGUCCAACAGCAGCUCGCCGUCGACGUGUUGGUCCGGAUUCGCGACGCCGCCGCCCAGCCCACCGGACGAAACGGACGUUUCGCCGACCGUGGUGGCGUCGCUCCUGUCCUCGGCCGCAGCCGCCGCCGCAGCCGCCAAGGCCGCGGCUACCGCCGUGACGGCCGGCACAUCCGGUCGGGCCGCUUCGGCCGCGGCCGCGUCCACCCACUCCACGCCAGUGGCCACCACCGCCUCCGGUCUGCUGAAGGUGACCGUCGCCCCGACCGCGUCUGGAGCCGCCGUCUGCCCGGCCAGCACGGUCAGUUCUGCGGCCGGCAGCACCAUCAACGCCAGCACCAACACCACCGUCACCGUCAGCGGUCGGACGGCGGCGGCCGGCACAGCGGCCGCGGCGCCGACGACGAUUGCCGCGUCGCCCGUGCACCGCGAGACCGGCGCCGUAUCUGCCGCCGUAGUCCACGCUCCGGUGUUGUCCAUCACCACGGCUGCAUCCGUUGCGUACCACCCGAGGCUACACCUGUCACCGGACGCCGCCAAGAAGAUACACAAGUGCAAGUAUCCGGGCUGCGAGAAGGUGUACACGAAGAGCUCGCACUUAAAAGCCCACCUCAGGACGCACACCGGCGAAAAGCCGUACAAAUGCGAAUGGAUUGGUUGUGGCUGGAGCUUUGCCCGGUCGGAUGAGCUGACCCGCCAUUACCGCAAGCACACUGGCGCCAAACCAUUCAAGUGUCGCCACUGCGAGCGAUGUUUCUCUAGGUCCGACCAUUUGGCGCUGCACAAGAAACGGCACUUCACUUAAACGCAAGCACACUCGCGCACGCACACGUACACAUAUUCACACACCCAUCCACACACACAGAAAGGCGCAAAAAACACACACUACCGUUUUACCACCCAAACCGCUACCUCGGUUACACAACCCUCUGACAAUAUUACGUUAGAACUCGUUAAAAUUAAAUAUCCUUAGACACCACUUUCACACACACGUUCACACACAAGUACAGAUAGACGAACGCUCUUAAAUGUUUUGAAAAACGGUGGUAUUUAUUUCAUUAUUAUUGUAAUCUAUUAUAAUUUAUAAAAUUAU